AAAAAGGUUUUCCUAUGAAAAAGUUUCCCUACUAAGAUAUUGAUUAAUAGCGAUUAAAAUCAAUACGAAUUUCGAUAAUCUUACAGCCCUUAAAUUUACAACAGCGAUUGCGCACGGCCCCACAUUAACAUACUUUUAACGGGUUCGUGCACAUUGUAAUGCUACUUUAUGCAGUAUGGUGUGGUGUGCAUGAUAAAUGCACUCCUCACUAUCCUAGCAUAAAAUUUUUAAAAAUCUAUUACAAAAUAUCAGUGUUAAGACCGAUGUGUAACAAAAAUCAUCAUAACUAUAAAAUCACAUACACUCGUAACAAAAUCAUCAGUCAACAAUUAGAGUUGCUUAAACAACAUUUUUUCUUUAAUAAUUAAUAAAAACCAAACUAUCUACUAAACAAAAUGCCUUGCCCCUGUGGAAAUGGUUGCCAAUGCACUUCCCAAAACCAAACUGGCAAUUGCACUUGCAAGUGCCCCUGCGGAACUGGUUGCCAAUGCUCUUCCCAAAGCCAAACUGGCAAUUGCGGUUGCGGUACUUCAUGCAAAUGCUGCCCCUGCGGAACUGGUUGCCAAUGCUCUUCCCAAAGUCAAACCGGCAAUUGUGGUUGCGGCAAUUCAUGCAAAUGCGGUCAAUAAAUAGAAAGAUUCCCUAUCUAAUUGUAUUUCCAUAAGACUUAAGUUUACCAACUAUUUUUUUUUUUAACAUAACAAAUAUAUUUUUAAUAAUUUUAAUUAAAAAA